UCGGUGGUCCAGCUGGCACCGCACGCAGCUGAGCCUCGGGUUUGUGGGCUCCUCCUCGUCCCCAGCACUUUGGUACCGCCUUCAGUUGCAAUGACCAGAGGCCAGCAACGGCCGCAGCGUCCUCAAUGGGCUCGGAGAGCACGGUGAGGUCUGUACACACACUGGACGGGUACUCAGCCCUGGAAAGGACGGGCACCUGCUCAACGUGGGUGGGCCCUGAGGACACCGUGCUCGGUGACAUAAGCCAGACACAGAAGGACACGUCCUGUGCGAUCCCACUCCCAGGAGGUCCCCAGAGGAGUCAGAUUCACAGACACAGGGAGUAGGUGGUGGGUGACGGGCUGGGGCUGGGGAGCGAGUGUGUAACAGGGACAGAGUGUCAGUGUGGGACGAUGAGGACGUCCUGGAGGUGGACGCUGGGGACGGCCGCGCGACGUGAGUGUGCCUAAGGCCGCCGAGCUGUGCCCUCCCAAAUGGUUAGAGCGGUAAAGUUUAUGGCGCGUUGCAACGAUGAGAAAAAUGGGGUGAAGACAACCAUCACGUUGAAACCACACCAAAAACCCCCCCGAGGCCGGGUGUGCUGUGGGGGUUGCACAACAGGGGUGUCAGAGGAGGAGUUUCUGUGGUUUUGCCUGCACAGAGGCAGCACCUUCUAAAAGCACUUUCUGAGACGCCCUGAAGAAAUCGGCCACAGCGUGUGCUGCGGGGCACGAGGCUGUGAAAGUCACUUCCCCAUAGGAAGGGGCCGGAGAGGCCCAGGAGGCACCCGCUCCGAGUCCCGCAGUGCCAUGGAGGUCCCUUUGUCUCUGCUGUGGCUGCUGGUGGCCCCCGGGGUCCUGUGGGCAGGAGGCGACACAUUUGAGACCCACAUCAUUGGGGGGCAUGAGGCUGCCCCCUACUCCCGCCCGUACAUGGUCUCGCUGCGUAAAGCCGGAUCCCACCUGUGUGGAGGUGUCCUUGUGCACCCACAGUGGGUGUUGACAGCUGCCCACUGUGUGGCCCAGCAGACCCAGCAGCUGAGGCUGGUGCUGGGGCUCCACGCUCUCAGAGACCCCGGCCUCACCUUCCGAGCCAGGGCGGCCAUCCUGCACCCCGAGUACAAGCCGGCCCCCCACUUGGAGAACGACCUGGCGCUGCUUCAGCUGGACGGGAAGGUGAGGCGCAGCAGGACCAUCCAGGCCCUGGCCUUGCCCCGAGGGCGCCAGGCCGUGGCCGUGGGGGCGCGGUGCAGUGUGGCCGGCUGGGGGCUGACACAGCAAGGCGGCAAGCUGGCCAGAGUGCUGCGGGAGCUGGACGUGCGUGUGCUGGACACCCGGAUGUGCAACAACAGUCGCUUCUGGCACGGUGACAUCGCGCCCGGCAUGGUCUGCCUGGCGGCCGAGGCCAAGAACCAGGCCCCCUGCAAGGGGGACUCGGGCGGGCCCCUGGUGUGCGACAAAGGCCACCUGGCCGGAGUCCUGUCCUUCAGCUCUACAUCCUGCACCAACAUCUUCAAGCCUCCCGUGGCCACCGCUGUGGCCCCCUACGUGUCCUGGAUCAAGAAGACCAUCAGGCGCUGGCCUGCCCGCCUCACGCCGGAAGCUCUAGGAUCACCCUGACUGCCUUGCUCCGGGACCCCCACCCCCUGAAGGAUUGUGGGGAGGGGCCAAGAGGGGAUGGGCCACAGCGCGGGGGAUCA